AUGAGGAUCCUGAGCAUCGACGUCGGCUACAGGAACCUGGCGAUCUGCCUCCUGGAGGAUGGGCAAGUGGUGGAAUGGGAAGUAAUCGAUGCGAUCAAGGAGGAUGGCGGAUCUACCCCUCUGCCCAAGAGGGGAAAUGACCCGAACAUCAUCGGCCUCGUGACGAAGAGCCUGUGGGCGCGGCAGGAGAAGCUGCUCUCCGCCGAUAUCGUUGUGAUAGAGAAGCAACCGUCGAGAGCGCGCGUGAUGCGGGUCUUGGAGGGCGCGAUAGUUGCAUUCUUCCACACGUGCAGGCUGGCCGUGCCCACGUGCAAGGUGGCGAAGAUCGACUCUUUCAGCGCCAGAGACAAAUUCGAGGAGUACGAACACAGGCUGGAGCUCAAGGGCAAAACGAAGUACGCGGCCCGGAAGAAAGCCUCCGUGGAGCUCUGUACGGAGUAUUUGAAGGCUUCGGGGCAGGAGUCAGAGCUGUUCCAGAAAGCAAAGAAGCGUGACGACUUGGCAGACGCUCUGAUGCAAGGAGUGAUAUCGGCUCAAGGGAUCGCGUCAUCCAGAGCGUCUUGGGGUAGCGUGAAAAGACGGACGAAGUCGGCCAAGCUCAAAACGACCGCUCCACCCAGAUCGGCUCGGGGGACCGGGAAACCACGGACGAAGACGGCCAAGCUCAGGGCGACCGUUCCACCAAGAGCGUCUUGGGGCAGCCGGAAACCACGGACGAAGAUCGCGCGUCGUAAGACCACCGCGCCCACGCCGAUCCAGCCGACGACGAAGCUGGUCGAGGCAGUGGCUUCCGCCGUGGUCUCCGCCAUCGUCUCCGCGCCGAAGAACAAGAGAAAGAGCUCGGUCCCCAAGAGAAGGACGUACGCCUCGUCGCUCCCCGCCCCCACGCAGGCCCGUGCGAAGGCGCGCGACCUGCUGGCUCAUCUGGCGAGGGCGGCGCCUCGUGGGAGCGUCGGGAGGGCUUCCAUCAAGUCCCGAUUGGCCAGCGCCAUCCGCAAACGCUCCGCGAAGAUCGCACGCGGACCUAGGACGCAACAGGGCGAGAGGCGGACGCUCAACGACCGAGAGUCGAAGUUCGCCAAGAGGCUCAUCGACGUCUAUGCAAAGCACGACGCCAUCGUGGACGUACAGACCGUCGAGAAAGAGGCUUCGUUGAUCCGACGCCACUACCCGGGUCUGCUCCCGACUCCGUUCCUGAGGAACAUGUGGAGAGACGCCGUCGUCCGAGGAGCGAUGAGGCAACCCGGUCGCAGCGACAAGACCGCCUACGACAAGUGGAUGAGUCUGGGCGCGAAGACAUACCCCACGAAAGACAAAGUGGAAGUCUUUACGUACGAUCCACGCCUGGACCGAGACCAUCCCGACUACGACCCGAAGAUCAAGCCGAAGUUCGAACGCACUCUCGUCAACGAGUCGGUCAGACGAUUCCGGAAGCAACUCACGGGUCACGAGGACGUGCUGCCGCUGAAGCGUACCGGUCGGUAA